UGGCUAUAGAGUUUUGAAGGCACACGCCCCAACAUCGCCUACCUCUCUAACUUGUGUGGGGUUUGUCAGGUGAAUCAACUAUGUUAUCGAUAAUUGCUUUGCUGCUGGACGACAACCAGUGUAAUGUUCCGUUAUUAGGGAAUAGUAAAUUAUUCCCUGUUUUGGCUUCUAGAAGUAAUAGCUGUUUUCUCUCAUUCUUUAUGCUAAUCCAGUGUAGCAAGCUUGAAAUGUGGAAACUCAAAAACCACCGCCGUGUCUCGCCACAGCUUUCUAAAUGACAAUUUGGUGAGCCAAAUAAAUUGUGUAUCCAGUUUUGGCGAUCGAAACGACUACAAACUUUCAAAGUUUAUUUACCUUGCAACUGGUUGCAUGUCAUUUGUAAUAGUGACAGCAUUGCGCACGUGAACGUAAUAUCGAAUACCAUUAUCGAAUAUCAUUAUUCAAUAUUAUUCCUUGCCUUUUAUUACUUAGCAUGUGUCUCUAUUGGUUGAGUCGGUAUAGUCCCGAAAUAGCGACACAAAGGCUCCGAGUUCAAGGCUCGGUAGCGCUUGAUAUGAAUGUUAUCUGCGGUUGCUACAACACCUCCUCGGGCUGUUGUAGCCGUGUGGCACGGGAGUUACUAACUAUGUAACAUAGUCCUAGCCAGAUUGCAGUAGAUUAAUCUUCACCUUAACUGUGAUGAGGAUGGAGCCAUAUUCCAUGAUUCUGUCGAGCUCCUAGUGGGCGAGGAUGGCGUGAGGAGACCAUGGUUCCGACAUUUGGUUCGCAAGUCAUUUUUUAAUCUGAAAUUCUUCAAUUAACAUGUAAAUUAGCUUAUGAGUUCCAGUAGUUUCCAGAGAAGCGCAGGAUUUGGUAUAAGGUUCUUCUCAAAUUAAACCCGACACUGUUGAUUGCCACUCAGUUAUUAAUCUAUCAGCCGUUAUCCUGCCAUGGAUGGUUAUGAGCCCUUCAAGCAAACGGUGAAAGACGUGGGCACACCUUUUGUAUUGGAUCAAUUUGAACUUGGCAAAGCAGUUCGCUUCGUUGACACAAAAUAUCGACUAAACUGAAGUUACAAAUGAAAACGCCUUUUAUCGAUAGCAAAUAUUCUCCGGACACGCAGCAUGCGACCCAAAAAUGUCGGCGUGAUGAAGGAGAAGCCAACUCCGGCCAGUUAAAGCGGUGGACCUUGUUUGCUCCGAAACCAGUUGUCGUUUUACUCCGGCACUGCAAACAAUCCAGCUGAUUUUCGCUAGUAAAAUCAACAUGUACAAAUUUUUACUAUUAUUCUUAUUCGUAACAUUCCAGCUUUAUUCAGGCAUGGCCGAGGACCAUCACCAACAGCUGAAAAUACAGUUCGUUCACGAGCUGGCUCGAAAUGGUCGAUUCCUAUGGAAGAGCUUAACUGUUUUAUUUACUCAAGAAACCACAAACGACAAAAGCGAUUGGAUCCUAGAUAUAAAUGUCCCUAAAGUAAUGUUGGAAUUAUCACCAGAUAACUACUCUGUCAUUACAAAAAUGCCAUCCAGCGAUGCUUACCUUAUCCUCAUCAACGACGGAUCUAAUUGGAUUAUCGAAGAUUUUCUACAGAAAUCAUUAGCUUCAAAGCGAAUUGAUUUUACUAAAACUUUCCUGAUUUUCAGCACCGGCAAUAACCUUCUCCAGACCGAUGAUUUAGAUGUGAUAUGGAUCGAAGAGGAUUACAACUGGAACCCAGAAACAGAAACUGUCAACAAGCCGAUUUUGCAAUUCCGCCGUUAUCGUUUGUUAUCUACAAUGGAAGCGCCUGAAAUGAUUGGAAUUUACGACGGAAACUUUCUAGAAGCCAACCAGAAACGAAUCUUGUUUGACCAGUCUUUCAACUACCGAAAUCGUCCCGUAAAAGUCUCGACUUUCUUCGUUCCUCCUACAACGGUGAAAUGUAAAGAAGAUGAAGACCAAAACUGCGGCCGCGAUCCCAAUCUUAUUCGGGUUAUCGGUGAAAUUCUUCGAUUCCAGCCAAUAUUUUCAUCCUCAGCUCAAGUGGGCUCCAAAUGGGGCAAUAAGCUGGACAAUGGCACUUGGACGGGAUUGAUUGGUGAAGUAUCGCGUGGAGAAGUGACUUUGGGUGUGGCUAAUGUUUUCAUGACGUUACACUACAUCAAACAGGUAGAAUUCAGCUAUCCUUACGACAUAUCGUGCUCGACCUUUCUGACGCCACCGCCGGAAUUAUGGCCACAAGUCUACGCACUCAUCAAACCGUUUGAUAUUUCCAUUUGGAUGGCAACCUGUUUCUCCCUCUUUUUUGGAGGUUUACUUAUUCAAAUGGUGGCUCUAUUUUACCAUAAAAUUUUCGGCUCACGUGACCGAUUGCGCUUCUUUAGUGAAGCUAUGAUCUACAACGCUCAGAGCAUCACGGGCGUACGAUCUGGAAGCGACGAGAAAUCCUCGUGGCCUGUACGCAUUUACACUUCAAAUUGGUGGCUCUUCUGUUUUCUUCUCGGCACCGUUUACCGUACGGGAUUGAUAUCAUGGCUGGCCAGAAGUCCAGUUUCGAUGCUACCAAUAGAUACAAUAGCCCAACUGGUACGCAGUGACCUGGUGCCUUACGGUUUCAAUACCUUCGUGCGGGAUUUAGCGCAAUAUUCAAACGAUCCCGAUACCGUUGAACUCGGACACCGACAGCAAUUGGUGCCCCCAAACAUGACCGUUCAAGUCCUUAUGGGAGAACAAAAUGUCAAUGCGCUGUAUGAGAACAAACAUUUCCUCAAGUACUUGUCAGCAACUGUCUUACCUAGUACGAUGCACAACAUCUCCAUUCACAGUGUAGAUCCACGUCAGAGACUACAUGUAAUGCGCGAAUGUCUGCGUACUUUUCCUGUUGCGAUUGCCAUGAAUAGCGAUGCUCCGUUUAAAUCCGCAAUGACUCGUAUCAUUCAUCAGUUGAAUGCAGCUGGGAUAAUUGACUAUUGGCUUGACACUGUCGUUGAUAAUCACCAUGUUGUAUUAACGAAACGUUCAAAGAAAAAGAAAGAACCAUUCUCCCUCUACAGCCUCGAAGGAGCCUUUUACCUUUUAUUACUCUGCUACUGCAUCGAUAUUGUCUUUUUCUUAGCAGAAAUUGUGUUUCAUAGAAUGUUGUAUCGACGUCCCACUUCGGCAUGUGUUUCCACAAACGUAACAGCUGAUUGAAAAUCUUUUUGUUACAUACCGGAACAAAGGAUUGAAUUUCAACCUAGUCCAGUAUAUUGGAGCAUUACACGUAAUUUUUGUAGAUUGAUAAAGUGUAGAGUAAUAGUAUCUGUAACUCAAAAACCUGAUUGUAUAAUUGAAAAUUCAUUUGGUAUUGCCAGACAAUAAGAUCAAAGUGUUGCUUGACGAUAUCUACGUAUCAUGAAAUUUGCUUCGCUUUUAAACAAGUUUGUAAAAGACACAGAUUACUAACGACCACUAAAACUGGCAAUAAAAGGUUCCCAAUGA